UUUCAGAUUUGAAGGAGAGUAUAUGAAAUAAACUGGCGAUGAAAUUGCUUACGCAUAACUUCCUAUCGUCAGUCUUUCUGAAAGGCGUCACAGAGGGUUAUCCAUUGAUUUUGUCAGCGACAAGAAAAAAAAUAACGCAACAUGAAUAUAAUGAUUCGUUUAUACAACGGAUGAUCCCAAAGCUGAACUACGGCGCUUUUCGAGAAGCAGCGCUAAGUAUAGGUGAGGGUGAUAAAUUACCCGAGCAACUGCCUGAAAAAUUGGAAGAUGAAGAGUUGAAGAAUGAAUUGCAUCGCUUAUUAGUAUGUGUAGAAGUUAUCGAAGGUGAAUUGAAGUGUCCCGAAAGUGGACGAGUUUUUCCGAUUCGUGAUGGUAUACCAAAUAUGCUUACAGAUGCAAAUGAAGUCAAGUAAUUUAUUCAUUUUGCUGUUUAUAUUAGUUGUACAGCAGCAUGUAUUUUAAAUCGGAAUGUUUUGUUUUGUUUUUGCGGUGUAAAUCCAAUACUUUACAUACAGUGUAUGUCAUGUUUUGAUGUUCUCUUUAUCCUGUUGUUGCUUUGAAUUUCAGAAAUUGCUUGAGGCCAUAAAAUGAAUGUUGUUAGCCCUUUAUUAAAAUGGUGUAUUUACAUUACUGCGGUUCUAUCAUCCAAUAUCACUUCCUUGCUAGAUUGCAGAAAGAGAAAUGGAUUUCGUAGAUUUUGCUCAACGAAAUCAAAAUAGUAUUCAAAUACAUGAGAAACGUUCAUUCCCAAAAAUAUGACACAUGAAUGCUACAGUAGGUUCUGCCAUUUUUCUUGUUCCAGCUCUUCGAUUCGC